AGAUUCUACUUGCCUUUUUUUAGGAGAUUGACUCCAAAACUGGUCAAAUCUUUAACUUUACCACAUCAAAACACACACACUCACUCACAAAUUCAUUCUGGUCAAAUUCUCUUUUAUCACUCACUUCACUAUUUAUACGACCAAACCAUACCAUAUAUAACCAACAAAAAAGGGUAAUUGAUUGUGGACUUGACUGUGUUAUCGCAGAAAGGAGCCUUGCCGUAGCUAAACGGUUCCCGGCCGCAGUUACUGCCCAAGUGACAAAGGACAAGAAAGAGUUCAACAUCCUUCUAGACUCGUCUAUCUGUGCUAAGCACGGGGACAAUGGAUCUACCAUGGCAGGGCUUUUAAUCCAAGGAAGUGAGCAACUAAUGUAUUUGUUGAAAGGAGAAACCAAAUUUAAAGACUCAAAGAGGGGGAAGAUGACUAUUGGAGGGUUAGUUGCAUUCAUUGACGGGAACAUUCCUUUUGGUUUUAAAAUGGAGAAACAGAUGGCUGUCGGGAAAAGGCUUGUCCUCGUGGGAAAUGGAGGGACGAUGCGAUCACAAGGAGGAGAUACAGCUUCUGAAGCAAACCUCGAGGCCAGACUUAGAGAAGCUGAUUUUCCAAUAGGACAAAACCAAUCCCAUGCGGGACUGUCUCUAACCAUGUCGAAAGAUGAUUUAACCGCCACAGCCAAUAUACGAUCUCAAGUAUCUAUAGGAAGACAAACAAAGUUAACAGGUGUUGCAAGUCUUGACACCAAGAGGACUGGGCGUUUCAGUGUUCGAGCCAGCAGCUCAGAUCAGUUGCAGCUUGCCUUGAUGGCCAUUCUUCCGCUCGCCAUGUCCAUCUACAAGAGGAUUAUUCAAUCUAAAGAAACUGACAAUGAUCUUUAGGAUUUAGUUCUAUUUGGUGUCCACUAAUUCAUAUAUUUUAUCUUCUUCUUGUUCCUCGUAUUAGCAAAAGAAUCUUCCUAAUUUUAUAAUUUUAGGUAUGUUUUGGCCAACUUGGAUUGAAAAAUUUAAUAUAUAAAAAAGAGUUGGGCUUUU